AUGUCUACUAGCAACGAAUCGCCAUCAUUGAAAUUGAACACUGGAGCCUCCAUCCCUGUUGUUGGGUUAGGUACCUGGAAAUCACCUGAAGAAGAUGCUUACAACGCUGUUGUAUCAGCGUUGCAAAAUGGGUACAGACACAUUGACACUGCAGCUAUCUACGGAAACGAAGAAGCUGUUGGCAAAGGUAUCAGAGACUCUGGUGUACCAAGAGAAGAAAUCUUUGUUACCACCAAGUUGUGGGGUACCCAACAAAGAGAUCCAGAGGCAGCUCUUGAUCUCUCUUUGCAAAGAUUGGGGUUGGACUACGUCGACCUCUACUUGAUUCACUGGCCAGUUCCUUUGAAUGCCAGUUCUAUCACUGACGGUAACUACCUAACUUUCCCAAGAACUGCUGAUGGAAAGAUCGACAUUGACAUCGAAGAAUGGAAUUUCAUCAAAACCUGGGAAAAGAUGCAACAUCUGCCAAAAUCCGGCAAGACCAAGGCCAUUGGUGUUUCCAACUUUUCUAUUAAGAACAUCGAAGCCUUGUUGGCAGCCAACCCAGACUUCAUAGUUCCAGCUGCUAAUCAAAUCGAAAUCCAUCCUCAACUACCACAAACGGAAUUGAUUGAUUACUGCAAGUCCAAGGGUAUCUUGAUCGAAGCCUACUCCCCACUAGGAUCUUCCUCAUCUACCAUUCUAACCGACCCUACCAUCGAGGGAAUCGCAUCCAAAUACAACGCAGAGCCAGCUAACAUCCUAAUCAGUUGGGGUGCUUCUCGUGGCUACGUUGUUCUACCUAAAUCUGUUAACCCACAAAGAAUCAAGACUAAUCUAAAGCUCUUGGAUCUUUCUACUGAAGACUUAGAAAAGAUUAACAAGUUGACUGAAUCAGUGGGAGCCAAAAGAUACGUGGCUCCAGACUUCUCUCCAUUCGCAAUCUUUGAGUGA